GUUCUCAUUCUGAUGCUGCCAAUUUUUGCACAGUUAUUGUUGUUGUACAGUUUGUGUAAAGUAAUCAAAUUCGGUCAAUUCAUAUGAGUUUUUGCUACAAUUUGCGCUCAAAUUUAUUUUCAUUAGAAAGAAAUAAAUGAUUGUUAAUAAUGAAAUAUCACAAGUUGUGGCUUUUUGUUUUAUUUCUUUGUGCCGGCUACAAUUAUCAAUUGGUACAGAGUACACAGGAUGAAGAUAGCUGGAUUGAUCCCGAUGCUUGGGGACGUGAAGAACAUCUUCAAAAUGCACAACAUAGCAAAUAUAACUAUCAAAGUGAUGAUACGACAAACUCGAAAUGUCUGGUAUAUAAAGGCGACAGCCAUAGUGGAGAAGCCGUCGCACUGAUGUAUUAUAAAAGACUCAUUGCGUACUUAUUUAAUAGCGACUUUUUCAAGCAUGAUGACUUGACUGGAGAAUUCACUCGUUCAUUAAUAUUGACUGCUUUGCCAGCCCAGUUAGAACAGCUCAAAAACUUAAAUGACCCACGAGAUUUGGAUGUGAUUUUAUCAGAAAUUCUGUCGAAGACAAGAGCGCCUACUAAAGCAGAUCUUGAUAAAGAUAACGUAGUAACUGGUGUUUUUGCCCUUAUUUGGGAUAUCAUCAAGGUUUUGGGACAUUUAUUGAAAGUUUCCGAGGUUCAAUUUUUACUUGGAGCUGCUGGUUUGCUAUUAAUUGGUUGGUAUUGUCAUCGAAUGUAUAGAAUCGGCAUUAUUACAAUGAUUGUAGGAGCAGUGGUGUGCUUCGGAUAUUUCCACACGUAUUUGGAAUGUAAUCGCAAAUUGGAAGCUGAACGCCUAUUAGAAAUGAUUGCACGACAUGAACAGUUAGCAGCGCAAGAACCCAUGUGGUACACGCCCAUCGUAAACUUGCUUACUUUCAGCAGGAAACAGACCCGAGAUACCAAAAAGGAAUAUAUCAAAAAAGCAAGUCAGCUAAAUUUAAAUUUCUGUCGACCCGAUCAUGUGUUUCUUUUGUAUGCAAAUGACUUGUUCUUAACGCAACUAACAUUUCUAAUAGAUAAAUGUGUAGAAACAAUGGAAAUACUUCGAAAUAGUUUGAGCUUCCCAUUCAACUAUAUAGCAAGCGCUGUGCUAGUGUUCCUUAUAGGUUAUAUUGUAAAAUUGACAUUUAAAUACAUCCUAAGUCCACGUGCUUGGUACGGCGUAUGGCGGCAACAUGAGUACGCAAUGCAUCGCGGUGCCCUCCCUGCAAGCACAGGUACGGCACAUCAUGAAGAUCGUAUUUCUGGUGACAAUUUAAGAAUACUUUUGAACGCCAUUAGCGGCGCGACGUCGUCGAACCAGAUUUCAAUCAGCAAUACAACCGCCACGGCGGCUUUAACACAAGCAGCCGAGCAGGGAUCUGGCGUGCAGGAACUGCUGGCGCCAUUAGAUAACGGUAGCGCUGACACAGCAUCUGAGUCUUCAACGUCCGAGGAGAAAGCGAACUCAAAGGAAAGCUCUCCGCAUAAACAAACAGAUGAAAUCGUUAACAAUAAUGCAACGGCAAAACAGCAGGAUGUGUCGAAGAGUGCUGAAAAACCACAUACGUUGAAAUUGGAAGAUGUAUUGGAUAAGGAAGCGUAACAAACUAAGUUCUACAAACCUUUGCUUUUAUAUUAUAAUAUUAUUUAUUUAUAAUUUAUUACUUUUUCACAGAAGCGCUGUGCUUUACAAUUUAACACACAACGCACAUUGGUUUACAGUUAAACACAAUGUUGUUAUACACAAUUUCAAAAUGCAAAAGUGAAGCUCGUUAAAUGUAAUAAUUUUAAUUAAGAAAGUAAAGUGCGUUACUAAUGUUCUAAGCUACAAACAAACAGCUAAUUAUGGUAGGAAGCAAUGUGAUACGAAUUAAAAAUGCUACUGUUAAAAUUUGCUUUUUUUUAUAUUUCUGCACAAAAGUAGUAAACGAUUUCAACUAUAAUAAGUUCAAAUAAUAAUGCAACGUUAAAGAAACUACAAUAUAUAUUUAUAACCUUUCUGAAUAUUUUUCUGUGCUAUAUAGUGAAGUUAUUACAAUGAAAUAACAAAUGCGUAAAUUUUUUUAAAUUGGAUUAUUGGAUUUUUAUUUCAACCAUUAUUUUUAAAUUUCUUUGUUACAAUAUAUUAUUAUAUUAUAUAAGUAUAAUAAAUAUAUACAUAUAUUAUGUUUUGUUUAUUUUUUAUUCGUAUUUAUGUAAAGCUAUGUCUAGCAUUUGUGUGUAGUAUAAUUAUGCUUAUUAUUAGCUCAAACAAGUAUUAUAUAAUACAUGCCGUCAUUCUCGCUUACUUCUAUUGGUCACUGCAUUCUCAACAAAUGCAUACAUAUCUUGUAAUUUUGUAUAAGUGUUGACUCUUGUCGUUAUGUAUUUGCUAUUUAAAGUUAUUUUUAAUAAUUAAUUGUUUGAGUACUUAAAUUCAUUCAUUUUGAAAUAAACAGCUAAUAUACUUAAUUUUUUUGUCUCUGUACAGCAGCUUACGAAAAAAAUUGCAUAUUAUAUAUGUGAAUGUGCUUGUAUUAUUUCUAUAUAUGCUAAAGCACACUUUUUUAUACAUUUGCAAAACUAAUAUGCAUAAGUGACAUGAAAUGCAGCAAAGGAAAAAGUAAACGCAUAAAUUAGCUAUAUAUAUUUUAAGUUUUUUAUGUAUUCAGUUUUAUAUUGAAAAAAAUUAAACAUGAAAUGUCUAAAUUAAUAAUUUGUGUAUGCAUUUUUGUGAGUUAUUAUCUCUGUCUGUUUUGCCGUCUAUUACAUUAACGCAUAUAAUACGCUUUUAUUAAUAAUCUAUAUAUAUAUUUUUUUUUUGAAUGCAUGUAUGUGUAUAUAAUUUACGCAAUUUAUAAGUAUAAACUAAGUUUCUAUUUAUUCGUUGUAUUUUUACAAAAACACGGUGUGAUGACGACGUCAAGCGCAUUUAAUUGCUUCGAUUUCAUCUUUUUUGUUGCUUGAUGAACAUAAUUGUAACAUAACACCACAUACAGAUGCCUUUACAGUUGCUGCCGUUUUAUUUAAGUUCAGUUUCAUAAACAUUUAGCAAAUUUAUAAAGCUUUCUUUUUUCUCCAGCUAGUAUCAAGCUACUAUCAUAUACAUAUUUAUUUACAUAUUUAAAUCAACUUAACAGAGAUUUUGCUGAGCACUUUUCGAUUUUGUUUAAAUAUAUUGUAAAAAUGAAAAAUGUAAUUCGGAUUUGUUGACAUGAAAAAGUUGAAAUAAAAUAAAUAACACAAACGCAAACCCUUAACUCUUUAAA